CUGACUUUCCUGCGCACUGUUGGUGUCUGGAGUUUGACCACUGUCAAAGGAAAGGACAUGUCUCUUUCUCAGGAUCCAAACGAACAACUGACUUGAAACAGCAAGUCACGAGACAAUCACCAGAGACACUUCACUAAUUCCUGAAAUAAACCGGAAGUCAUGGAUCCUUCAUCCCCAGGCAACCUGCCCACACCAAAGCUCAACCCUUCAUCUCCAACCUCCAUGAGGCCUGGAACGUCCUCGCUUGGCUCAUCGGCGAGCUCCUCCACCCUUGAACCGAAGAGGCAUAAAGUUACGUUGCCGACGCCUUCGACCACUCCAUCACCUUCUCCCUCCGCCGCCUCGCCUCGCCAGAUAUCUCCAUGGCUUCAUUCUCGCUCUUCCUCCCUUUCCACACUGACGACUUCAUCUCCCCGCCAGCCCAGCAGAAGCUUUUCGCAGCCAGGCAGAUCUCAGCUCAAUGCAGCGGCAUCAACAGGAAGUCUUCUUAAUGGAUCAUCGGUUGCUGCGAUGCCUCCAUCGCCUGUUUCACCUGAACCAGAUGAGCCAGAGGAGGACGUCCGUCUUGAAGAUUUGGAGGAGAGAGCAAAGUCAGGUGAUGCUAAAGCACAAACUAAGAUGGGUCGUUACUUUCUGAUGUUAGCAGAAGAAAGCGAUGAAGAGCUGAAUAACUGCACAGCGGUCACAUGGCUGAUCCAAGCUGCUAAACAGGGCCGCAGAGAUGCUGUCAAACUCCUGCAGCAGUGCUUAAAAUCCAGAAAAGGAAUCACUUUAGAAAACUUUGAGGAGGUUAAGAAGUUAUGCACCGAGACACGUUUUGAGAGGGGAGUCAGGAAAGCAGCUCUGCUCAUGUACUUUAAGCUGAACCCAGAGAAGAAGAAGUCUGUGGCAGUUUCUGAGCUGCUGGAGAACGUGGAGCAUGUUCACACAGAAGCAGGCAAACCCAUCUGCUCAGCCCCACUCAACAGCUCUGCUAAGAAACAAAGGCGAGUCCUGGAGACCAUGGUCUCCAGAGAAGCCAGUUCUCAUGUGGGUCUGGAUGAUUUUGUUGAGAUGACAAAGAAAUAUGCUCAGGGUAUUGCACCAUCACCCGCCAUGGCCGCUGCAGUAGAUGAUGACGAUGAUGAUGUGGUCGUGAAAAAUCCAGAUGAGUUGCCGCUUCAUCAGAAGUUGCUGAAGUUCCCUCUGUACGCUCUGCUGGAGAUAAAAGAGCAUCUCAUAGACUGGGCGUCGCGGGCCGGCAUGCAGUGGCUCAGCGCCCUCAUCCCCACUCACCACGUUAACGCACUCAUCUUUUUCUUCAUCAUCUCCAACCUCACCAUUGAGUUCUUCAUCUUCAUCAUCCCGCUGCUGAUUUUCUACCUCUCCUUUUUCUCCAUGGUCAUCUGCACACUGCGGGUUUUUCAGAAUUCAAAGGCGUGGGAAAAUUUCCGAGCUCUCACAGACCUGCUCGCUCAUUUUGAGCCUGGUCUGGAUCUGGACCAGGCUGAGACCAAUUUUGGAUGGACACACUUGGAACCUUACCUGUACUUCCUGCUCUCAGUGGUCUUCGUUGUGUUCUCCUUCCCUGUUGCCGAUAAAUCCUGGGUCCCCUGCUCAGAGCUAGCUGCCAUCGCGCUCUUCUUCACCAUCACAGCCUUCCUCAGCCUCCACGCCUCUGCUCAGCUCUUCGCCCGUAAAGCCCUUCUCACUGAGGUCCUUUCAGGAGCAUGCUCCCUCACUCAGCUGCUACCCAACUCCUUCUGGUUCUUGCGGAUCUUUGGGAAGACGUUUGUCACAGUGCCUCUCGGAGACGCCGUGGUGUUAAAUCUUGGCAUGCCGUGGCUUUUGUACGGACACCUCUUCUAUCUUCUCUUCCGCAUGGCCCAGCUGAAAGGCUUCAAGGGAACCUACCUGUGCUUGGUGCCUUACUUGGUUUGUUUCACCUGGUGUGAACUUUGCUUGGCAUUCCUCAAUAACGCCUCAGCCAUAGGACUAAUUCGGACUUGUAUAGGCUACUUCCUGUUCCUGUUUGCCCUUCCUGUUCUCACACUGGGUUUGGCUGCCAUGAUUAUGAUCCAGUUAGUGCAGUGGUUUCUGACCCUGGAGGUAACAAAGAUGGUGGUGACACUGAUUGUCUGCUUUGUGCCCGUGGUGUUGAGGCUCUGGACUCGCUUCAGCCUCAACCCCAUCGUGCUUUUGAGGUCUUUGUCACGGAGCAGCGUCGUCAAGCUCAUCCUGGUGUGGCUGAGUGCGGUGAUGCUUUUCUGCUGGAUGUAUGUCUACAGGUCUGAAGGAAUGAAGGUGUACAACUCUACCCUGACAUGGCCUGAAUACAGCAACCUCUGCGGGCCAUUGGCCUGGAAGGAGUCCAACAUGGCCCAAACUCAGAUUCUUUGCUCCCACCUGGAAGGACACAGAGUCACCUGGACGGGACGCUUUAAAUAUGUCCGUGUGACGGAAAUUGAGAAUGGGCCGCAGUCGACGAUCAACUUGUUUCCUGUUUUUCUAGGAAACUGGAUGCGCUGUCUGUAUGGCGAACCCUAUCCGGUGUGUGAUGAGGGGAAACAAAACGCAGCUGCUGAGCCUCAACCGCUGCCGGCUCCAGCUCCUCCUCAAGAAGAUCAGCUUUGCAAACUGAAAACCCUGGCCAAGCACGAGUGCCACGUCAAGCGCUUUGACCGGUACAAGUUUGAGGUCACACUGGGAAUGCCGCUCGAGAGGAAGACUAAGGACGGGACAAUCAUAGAAGAUGAAGAUGCAACCAAGGACAUAGUCUUGCGGGCGAGUAACGAGUUCAAGUCUGUGCUUUUACACCUGAACGCUGGCAGUCUGGUGGAGUUCAGCACCAUCCUGGAAGGGCGUUUGGGCUCCAAAUGGCCCGUGUUUGAGAUGAAGGCCAUCCACUGUGUGUCCUGCGGGGAUGCCCGCAUUCCCAAGCGCAAACAGUUCAAGAUUGAGCACGACUGGAGGCGCACAGCUCAAAACGCUCUCCAGUUUGGGUUCGACUUCUUCUUCAACCCCUUCCUGACAGCUCGGCUAGAAGAGCAGCCAGACACUGAAACAGAAAUGGUGGAGCAGGAGGACAAUUCUUAAACAGAAGAGGCCUCAUAAUAAUAAAGCUAUCGAAGACCACUAAUGAUUGUGCGACACCUAUAUAUCUGCAAUAUUGGUUAUUGACUACAAGGAACAAACAAAUCCUCAGGCAUUCGCUGUCUUUUAAAAGCCCUCGCACUCCUUGAACAUCGUCACAUUGGUUACAUUACAACCUCAACCGUACCUCACUGGGGAUCAAAAGCUGAAGAUCUGUCUGAUUUUUGUGUUAACACAAAAUAAGCUCUGAUCUAAGGCAUGCUGUGCUAGGUCUUGCUAUACAUUUGUAGUAAUUGAAAGGUGAACGUCUUCCACAUCCUCAAGUACUUCAAAAAAAAGAUUUUAAUUUCUCUGUAAUUUAGCUCAAUUCAUCCUCCUACUGACUACUGACCCUACUGCCUCCAUGUUUAACCAUAAGGAGCAGUGACAGCUUUUUCUCACACAUUUUUACAUGGAGAUCAGAAAGUUCCACUUUGGUCUCCUAUGACUAGAGCACCGUUAUCCACAUGAUUGCUGUAUCCUAUACAUUUUUGCAAAACCUUGAACACAGUUUUUAGGGCUUACUUUCUCCCUCAAAUAGUUAUAGACUAAUAAACUUUGCUUUUGUACAGAAAGUGCCACACUAAAACCAAAAUAAAACACUACCGAGAACAACAAAUAAAGCAGAAAUAAAAAUCUUGCAUCACCCAAACCUUAAAUAAAAUGGAAUAUUAAGCUCAUUUUAAUUUAAAAUGCGAUUAUGUGCUUAUUAGGACAGUUUUAUUGCUCUCUCUAUCCAGCCUUGGAUGGACAGCGAAGUCUUGGAUGAGCUGCAGUUGUGCCAUAAUCUUUAGAUAUUGGUUUUAUAACACUAAACGUCCCCACAAUGUAACCUUUAACCUGUCUGCUGCACUUCUUGGUCUUCAUGAUGGAUUGAGAAUGAGCUUGAUUUCAGCAUUUCAGAAAGAAAUUGAUUACUGUUUAUCAGAGUAAAAAGAGGAUGAAUGUGAAUGCAUAUAACACAAGACAAUCAAGAAUAAUGCAACAUUUCUUUCACUUUCUUAUUAUGCCUUGUUUUUGUUGAUCUACCACAUUAAAAAACAGAAACAUUGAAGUAGAUUGACGUUGGUGCCUGUAAUGUGACAUAUUGUGAAAAGUUCAUUAGGGUGUGAAUACUUUUACGAGACUCAAUAUAUCUGCCAAUAUGUGUUUGAGUUCUUACAGCUUUUGAGCCAAAACAUAAACAUGACAGAAGACAGAGUGAAAGUACAAAGCGAUCAGGAUUUACUGCCUAUUGCUACAGGUUUGCUAUGAGUUAUUUAGAAACCUUUCCUCCAGUUGAGGUUUCAUGUGUGCUGACCUUAAGAGUUAAUCAAGUGAUUUUUCUUUUGUUGCUAUUCAAACAUGUUCCCUGUAAAAUCUCAUAUUUGGUGGCUAAAGUCUUUGAGAUUUUCUGGGCUCCAUCUGUUCCUGUUUGUCCUAUAGUUAUUGAAGGACACACUGUUUGAAGGAGAUCUUUUGUUUUUGAUCAACACUAAAUUAUUUAACAGUGCUCAGUACAUGGUGAUUUUUUUUUUCUUUUUUUGUGAAAUUCAAUUAGAGUUGGAUAAAAAGUCUUUGCCCCCUUACAGAUUUGUGUUCUGUUUUGCUUCUUUUGUUUCAAAUGAAAUGUAAUAUUUCAGAUCCUCAAAUAACUUUUGACUUUGAAAACCUGAGUUAUUACAGACAUCUGCUUUCAGAAAAAAAAAGUUUAUUCAUUAAGAGAAAAAAAGUUUUCCAAGUCAAUCUUGUUCUAUGUGAAAACGUAAUUGCCCGACUUUGUCAUGCUUAGAUAAAAAUAAACAAAAUUUGAAAGGGGGCAACAUUGUAAAUUUAACAGCUUGACAAUGUUGUUUUUGCUUGCUUUAUUAUUCCAUGUUUGUUUCCAACAGUGUUUUGUCUACGUCUCUGCUGUGCAGGGAUUUAAUAUACUGAACAUUUAGUCCCUGAUUGAGGGUCUGUUUUGGAUGGCACUACUGUUUUCUGUACUGUGACCCAUAAAUAUGUCAAAACAAUAGCUUUUCGUUUUUAUUAAAAACUGCUAGAGCAGAUUUGGAGGUCUCCAUUUCAGUGUCAUUUGUGUAAAGCCAGAUUUUAAAUUUCUUAGUACUUCAAUGACUGUGGUGUUACUGCCUGCCUUCAGGGAGUAGUGAUAUGUUCAUGUUACAAUAAAGACAAAAUGCCUCAUAUGUA